ACAAAACCUCUGGACUUCGAGGAAGCAGACACUCAUGAGCUCAGUGUGAGAGCUACAGACGGUGGGGGGCUCUCAUCUAUCUGCAAAGUGCUGGUGGAGGUGGUGGAUGUGAAUGACAAUGCCCCAGAGCUGGCGGUCAGUUCCUUCAGCAGUCCCCUCCCCGAGAACACGGUGCCCGGCACCGUGGUUGCCCUGUUUACGGUCAGGGACCGCGAUUCUGGUGCCAACGGGAAGAUCUCGUGCGCCCUGGACGAUCAGCUCUUCUUCUCCCUGCGGCCAGCCUAUAAGAAUUACUACGAGCUGGUGACAGUGAGCGCGCUGGACCGCGAGCGCACGGCUCGCUACGUGCUCGGUGUCACAGCCGCAGAUGCGGGCUCGCCGCCUCUCACGAGCACGCACACCUUCACCGUGGACAUCUCGGACGUCAAUGACAACGCGCCCGUCUUCAACCAGACCUCCUACACCAUGUACGUGCGGGAGAACAACGCGCCCACGGUGUUUGUGGGAGCCGUGAGCGCUGCAGAUGCUGACGUGGGGCUCAAUGCCAAGGUGACCUACUCGCUGGCCCCGGUGCCGGCGGCAGAGCGGCCCUCGUGCUCCUGCAUCUCGGUGAACUCGGAGAACGGACACGUGUUUGUGCUGCGGCCGCUGGACUACGAGCGCUUGCGGCAGAGCGAGGUGACGGUCAGCGCCUCUGACGCGGGCUCUCCUCCCCUGCGAGCCAACGUCACCGUGCGCCUCGUGGUGCUGGACGAGAACGACAACGCGCCGCUCGUGCUCUACCCGGCCCAGGACGGCAGCGCAGCGUCCAGCGAGCUCGUGCCCGUGUCGGCUGAGCCGGGCUACCUCGUCACCAAAGUGGUGGCCGUCGAUGCCGACUCCGGACAGAACUCCUGGCUCUCGUACCACCUGCUCAGGGCCACCGAGCCCGGCCUGUUCAGCGUGGCUGUGCAGAGCGGCGAGGUGCGUCUCAAGAGGCCGGUGACGGAGAGGGACAGCGCCAAGCACAAGCUCCUCGUCCUGGUCAGGGACAACGGCAAGCCCCCGCUGUCAGCCACCGCGGCUCUGAGCGCGCUCCUGCUCAAGAACAAGGACUGCCACCCCAUGUAUAAUAACCGCUUGUUAGAAUAA